UCUGAAAAAUGUUUCCUUUUUUUUUUAUCUCGUUUAAACUGUUCAUGCAUGUCACUCUUUCAGAUAUCACCUAACGUUUUCCUUUUAGAGUUGUAGAGUCUCGCGAAGAUGGAGUAGAACGACGUCUUUUAUACCCGUGGUGUUUGAUGGAAUUGGCGGGUAAUUUUGUCCUGGAAUUUUGUGAGAUUGAUAUUUUUUCAUUGUUGCUGCAGUUCAAAAGCUCGCUUCUACAAAUAAGUAUCCUCAAUAUCACAUAACCUUCAAAACUAUUUUUUUUAAAUACAUAGAAGUACCAUACAGAACCAUAACGACUUAAAUUCGACCUAAAGGAUAAGCAGCGUUUUUCAAAAUUCUAUCAUAUUAUAAUCAAAGUCUGAACUUUAUCAUGACAGACUUCAAAACCAAAUAUCCUGUUAACUUGUGGAAAGAUCACGGAAUCUACACCGAUGAUUAUAUUAAAUUAAUCAAUAGUCAUUGGUUAAAAUUUUUGCCUCCACAUCCAACAUCACAUUAUAUUCUUGGACUAUUGUAUAUAGUCAUUGUGGUGUUCGGCUGCAGCGGAAACUCCUUGGUGAUUUUUAUGUACUUUAAAUGUAAAUCUUUACAAACGCCAGCGAACAUGUUAAUAAUUAAUUUAGCCGUUAGCGAUUUUAUUAUGUUAGCAAAAGCCUCGAUUUUCAUUUACAACAGUUAUUACUUGGGCCCUGCGUUAGGAAAAUUGGGAUGUCAAAUAUGCGGAUUUCUUGGUGGCUUGACUGGAACCGUAUCCAUCAUGACAUUAGCAGCUAUAUCUUUAGAUCGUUAUUACGUUAUAGUGCGUCCUCUGAAAGCGACAGUGAAAACCACUAAACAAAGAGCCAGGAUAUGGAUAGCAUUGAUAUGGAUUUUUGGAUUUUUGUUCUCCAUCGUACCAGUGCUAGAUCUGGGGUACAGUCGAUAUGUAUCAGAAGGAUACCUGACGAGCUGUAGUUUCGAUUAUCUGUCAAAUGACGACGGAGAUAAAAAGUUUAUCCUAGUAUUUUUUAUGGCGGCUUGGUGCAUACCGUUCACAAUAAUACUAUACUGUUACAUAAAAAUACUAAUGGCGGUGUGGGUGACCUCCGAAAUAGUCACCAGUAGGGUUGGCCAACAAGAAGAGAAGAGGAAAACGGAUAUACGGUUGGGGUACAUGGUGAUUGGGGCCCUCAUGUUGUGGUUCGUGUCAUGGACGCCAUACGCCGUGGUGGCCCUACUUGGUGUAUUCGAUCUAAAGGAGUACAUCUCACCACUGGGCUCCAUGAUUCCGGCACUAUUUUGUAAGACGGCUAGCUGUACGGACCCGUGGUUUUAUGCCAUUACGCAUCCAAGAUUCAAAAAGGAACUAAUGAAGCUAUUGACAAAAAGCAAGACUAGUGAGUUGGUCCGAAAUGAUGGCAUGCAAAAGGGAUGGGUCAGGUCACAUUUGGAUAAAAACGGAAGUAUUACCUUUGAGAACCAUUUUAAAACCGUUUAUAAUAGUAAAAAAAAAACGAUAUUCGUACUUGAAUCUGGUGACAAAAACUUUCAUUGUCGGCAAUCCACUUUUGAUCGUAAAACUGAAUCAAUCAAUGAAACUGAGAUCAAGUUCCCUGGAUGUGUUGCUAAUGAAGAAAAAUAUAAGUUUAUGCUUUCCAGCUGAUAUUAAUGUACUAAAGUAAUUGCACAGGGUCACGCCACAUAAAUAAAACAUUAAUACUAGAAAUUCUACUUGAAAAUAUAGGCAGAAAAAGCGAAAACAAUAAUAACUAAGUAAAAAGUAUGAAACUAUAGCAAAAAGUCGAAUUCUCUUAUAAAAAUAAAUACUAUAAUUACUUACAUAUAAUUGUGAAAUAUAUCUGAUGGA